UUAGACAGACACUGUUUAAAAUGAAAGACGGCGUGAAUUUAAUUGAUAUUGUUGGAUAUGAAUUUUACCAAAUUACUUUUGCUAUUGCAAUAUGUUUUAUACCAUACAUGUUCUCAAAAUAUACCAUAAUGACAAUCUUAGGAUAUGUGAUUUGGAGAGGUCUACAAAGAAUUUGGUCGCUGUUCAUGGAAAAGACGAUAGAAAUUUCAGGUCGCGGUGUUUUCAUCACUGGAUGUGACUCAGGACUCGGUUUCGCAUUUGCAAGGCAUUUCGAUGAACUUGGCUUUAUUGUGUUUGCUGGGUGUUUAAACGAAAAGGGGGAUGGUGCCAGGCAACUUAAAAGUGACUGUUCGAAACGUCUCCAUAUUGUUGAAAUUGAUGUCACAAAAGAAGAAAGUGUUUCCAGUGCGUUCCAAUAUGUUAAGAAACAUACUGCAAGAAAAGAACUUUGGGGAAUUGUUAACAAUGCUGGUAUCAAUUUCCGUGGCGAGGUGGAAUUUACGACAGUCUCGCUAUAUGAAAGAACAUUUAAUAUCAACCUCUAUGGACCAAUUCGAGUAACAAAGGAAUUUCUUCCACUUAUUAGGCAGUCAAAAGGAAGGGUUGUCAAUAUUACAAGCGUUCAUGGGCUAAUGACUUUGCCUGUACAAUCAAAUUAUGAGACUGCAAAACAUGGUGUUGAAACACUAUCAGAUUCUCUGAGACUAGAAAUGAAGAAAUUUGGAGUAAAGUAAGCAUUGUUGAGCCAGGCAUGUAUGGACGAUGUACUUCUGUAAACAGUUCAGCAGUGGUAAAACGACAUAUUCAAGAGAUUGAAGAAAUGUGGGAAAAUGCAUCUGAACAAGUAAGGAACGCGUAUUCGAAAGAGUACUUGAUGUCUUGGCUCCCAAAGCCAAUGGGGACAUGGCCUCCAUCUGAUGACGUGACACCCGUUGUCUCAGCUGUAGAACAUGCGCUAGUCAGUGCGUCACCCAAGAGUCGAUAUUUAGUGGACGGGGUUGGCUCAAAGUUAUCUUUUAUAGACGAGUAUGCGACCUUGGCAAGACUCAACAAUAUUCUACCGACAUGGAUAAUUGUAAAAUGUGUGGCUGUAUGGAGAAAUUGCUACAGAAGUGUUACAGAAAUCGCAUUUGAUUGCUACUAUGAGUGACGUACUAUAAAGUGGAUACAUGUAAAUGUAUUGAAAUGAAUAUAAAUUCGAAGUUAGUUUAAUAAGCUUAAAGCUUAAACGAGUUGUGUCACAAGAUGUUCCACAUUCAUUACAGCGUUCACUUGACACUAAUUUCUGUAAAUAAAAAAUGGCAUAUAUAAACAUAAAAGAGUAUGACUGUGAAACAAAAUUUUGAAAGAUGUUUUAUUUUUAUAUGACACAAUUCGUCAAAAUUGUCAGAUUUAUGACUUUCCAUAAGCUGAAUACAAAAUACAUUUGA